CUUCUCCUUCUCGGAACUGAGACAAGGGUUUAAGGAUUUCGAAAGGUCAAAACUUUGAGCGAAAGAUCACCCUUUUCCUCUCUGAAACUCGUCUACAAUGGCGGAAGAGACGGUGAGGAUUCGUCUGGUCUUUGAGAAUCAACGGAUUUUGAGCAAACACCAGAAGAAGCAAGGGCUAAAGAGGAGCUGGGCUGUUCUGAAUCCUAAACAUCAUCGAACAGUUUCAGAGUUUUCUAAUCAUAUCCUCUACACAUUUAGCCUCUUCGAAGCUUGUCCUCAUGGCCUCUCUCUAUAUAUGGAUGGGUUCGUUUUGCCGCCGUUCGAGUCGAGCUGUGUGUUAAAGGAUAAAGAUAUCGUUUGUGUUAAGAGAAAGAAGGAACCUUUGUUGGAGAUUGUUGAGGAAGACAGUGACGAGAAUGUUUGUGCUGCGAUUGAGAUUGAAGAGAGGGCUCGGAUAUGUCCUGAUGCAGUGCUUAUUGGGAAUGAGGAAACUGGAGGAUAUGAAAGUGAGUAUGAGGAAGAGGAAGAGAUUGUGCCGGAGAAGAAGACUUCAAAGAAACGUAAAUCUUCGAGCAAAAGCCUAACUUCUAAGAGGAAGAAGUGUAAGUUAGCUACUACUGAAGAAACUCCACUGGAAAGAGAAGACGCAGCUGUUGUGAACAAGAGCAAUGAUGUAAAGAAGAAGAAGAGGAAAACAUUGGAUGUACAGAGAGAUGAAAAUGAUGAAGAGAAUGAUGCUAACGCCACCAUGACCAAGUCAAAGAAGUCCUCGCUUCAAGAAGAGAGCAAUGAGCCUGACGAGCUGUGCAACAUGUCUGCUGAAACUAAAAAGACACCUAGUAGAAGUGCUCGGCGUAAAAAGGCUAAACGGCAAUGGUUGAGAGAAAAGACAAAACAAGAGAAGGAAGAGCUUCAACAGAACCAGAUGCAGAUGGUUGUAGCACCCAGCAAAAAGCCAGCUAUCACUAUAGACCACCAAGAAACCGAGGAAAAUCACUCUGAAGCUCUCGAAAAGCAGCAGCCAGAUGAACAAGUUGAUGGCGUCAGGGAUGAAGUAGUGGUUCCUGUUGAAGUGAGGCCAGGCCACAUUCGUUUCAAGCCACUCGAUGAAUCAGAUGAAGCUUUCCCUGAAACUGAACCUCCUGCGGAAAGUUUCUUGUGGAACGGGAACAUGACGAAGAAGAAAGGCCAAAAAUGGGGUACUGAGAAGACAGGAUUUUCCAAACGAUAUGCUUGGGAUUUGAAUGAUACUUAUCAUCAGACACAGCCCGCUGAGGCAGAGACACUUGCUAACGGUCAGAUCGACUAUGAACAGCUUGUGGCUUACACUGGCUCAGUAAAGAAAGGAGAUAUUAUUGCAUACCGCCUCAUUGAGCUAACAUCAUCUUGGACUCCUGAAGUUUCCUCCUUCCGAGUUGGAAAGAUAAGCUACUAUGAUCCGGUCUCCAAGAUGGUGACGUUAAUGCCUGUUCAAGGAUAUCCAAUUGAGAAGAAGAUAGAAGAGGACGACGAUUCAUCGAUGCAAGCUGACACAUCUCUUUAUAACGAAGAUGGAUCCUUAGAGGUUGAGUUCUCUUCUCUGCUUGAUGUCCGCAGCGUCAAAACUAGCAGCUCAGACGUGGUGGAAGUCGCCACCAAGCCUGACCAAGCAGCUACGAAUCUAAAGCUGAGCACAAACAGCAACGGUUUGCAAACCACUGUGAAAGAGAAUGGAAAAGGGAACCCUUGGGAAGAGCUAAGUGAAGCUGUAAGUGCGAAAAAGGCAAAACUGUCUGAAGCCAACAAUGGGUGGAACAAGAAAGGGAAGAGUUCAAGUGGAGGCUCGUGGAGGCGAGGUGGCGGAAUUGGUCCUCUCAUGAACUAUCUAAGAUCUCAGAAAGAAAUAUGAGCAAUUAGAUCAUCACAUCCUGAUGUUUAUCAUCUUCUUCUUUUCGAUCAUUUUGGAUUUGCAAAACUCAAGUCAAAAGAAGAGAACCCAUUUUGUUUUGAUGCUGUGUAUGCAUAGCUGAGUUUUUGUUAGGGAAAAGGACCUUUGAUGUCUCUGUAUUCA